UGUUUACAAAGCAGACGAUAGUAUUAAAUUUGAUAUUAUUUAGAUCACCGUCUUUGUACAAUUUUUAUUCUUCCGGUAAAGUGUUGCCGAACAAGUAGACACUGAUACAUACACGAUACACGUGUCUUUGUCUAUGAUACACGUCAAGCUGUCAAAGUCAAGCGCGACUUGCAGAGCAGGAAAAGGGAAUCAAAUUCCGAACUGUCAAAUCAGUUACUUUUCUUUUCUUGUCUGGUCAUUUGUGUAAUUAAAAUAUUUAUGCAAAUAUUCAGUGCUUGGUGUAUCUACGUGUAAAAAAAAUAUUUGUACUUAUAUUAAAAGUUAUAUCACAAGAAAAGUUUUCAAUUAAAAAAUGGAUAUUCUUGAAAAACCUGUUUUGUUACUGGCAAAUUAUGGUUGGUAUAUAUUAGGUGUUGGUGUAGUUCUAGCAUAUUUUUAUCAAAAAGCUUUGAGAUUUCACAUCGAUGCUUAUAAAAAACGAAAGGGUGAGGAAGAGUAUGCAGCAAAGUAUCACAAAAAUCCCGAUCUGUUUGUUGCUAGGCAAGUUGCCCAGCAAGAGUAUGCAAUGAAGUUACAGGAAAAAUACAGGCUAGACGCAGAGGAACAUGAAAGGAAAAUGAAGGAGAAAGAACGUAAGAAACAAGAGGAAAUAUUGCAGAAGUAUGAAGGACAAGGUGGACAAAAAAGUGGUUAUAAAGACGAUGGAGUUAAUUCGUCUAGACCCGAAUAUAAUCCUCUCAUGGGGGCUGGCAGUUCCUCUAGCUAUAGGGCUCCGAAAAGAAGUGCAUGUAGCCGCGGGGGAUGUGGUUAAUUAAAAUCUUAAAUGAAAUUUAAACAAAAAUAAAUGUAAAUUUACGCUAUUAAUUUUAUUGAAAUUUUUUAUUACUGGAACAGGAAUAUUUACUAAUAUAUUAAAAAUUAUUAAACCAAAAGAUUUCUCUUAAAGUAAA